AUGAGCCAGGACUAUUUCAACGGCAAGGGGAAGGGCCCUCUGCACCAGGACGCCGACUCCGACACCGACUCCGAUGCCGACAAUGGCGUUCCCAACGACCCGGCGACUUCGCCACCACCUUCCUCUCGACCCAACUACAUGACCGUGGGAAACGGUUCGGCCUCUACACAUGCUGCACGCCUCCAGAGUUUGCUCGACGACUCCGGCUACGGCGGUAGCAUCGCCGGAGACUCCAGGGCCGCCACCUUGGGCAGCUAUGCCAUGGACCUGCAGCACGACCUGAAGCACGACCGGCCCCAGUCGGGCGCAAUCCACCAAAUGUGGUACAACUCCCAACGAGCUAGCCUCGGUCGCUCCAUCAACAAGGUCCUCGACCUGCUCCAUAGCCUUCAGGAUAUGAACACGUCGUGGCCUGCCCACUAUCCCACCGUUCAGCGAACCAGGAGUGCCUCUCCCGACCCUCCUUCGUCACGACCCGGCAUCGCUCAGGCACACUCCACCGCUGGCGGUGCCUCAUCCUCUACCGGUCGCAAUCCCAUGCUCCGGCGGUCUUUGACUUCUGUCGAGCCCGCUGCCGAAUCGAGCCGAGCUGCCGAAACUCGAUCGACCCCCGAACCACGAUUGGUCUCCCCGCAAAUCGCCCAAGAAUUCUCUAUUUUGAAGUUGGAUCUGAAGCUAGGAUCGCUGCACCAGACCGAGCUUGUGCAUUCAUUAGAGAAAAACUCCAUCGCAGCGUUGCUCGAUGGCAAGAUCAGCUCCAGCAUCAAGCAUCUCCUCUCCCUUCGCGAUCGCAUCGAAGACACUGCAAGCAAGGUCCUAAUCACUGGCGACCUCAACGCCGGCAAGUCGACCUUCUGCAAUGCUCUCCUCCGACGAAAGGUCCUUCCCGAGGACCAGCAACCCUGCACGGCCAUCUUCUGCGAAGUCCUUGACGCGAGAGAAAACUCAGGUAUCGAGGAGGUCCACGCGGUACACAAGGAUGUCGCCUAUGACCGAAAUGACGAAUCGACCUAUGACGUAUUUUCCUUGGAGAAAUUGGAAGAUGUUGUAAUCGACAACGAGACUUAUACCCAGUGCAAGAUUUAUGUGAAGGAUUCCAGAACUAUCGACGAGUCCUUGCUGAACAAUGGAGUGGUGGACAUCGCGCUGAUCGACGCCCCCGGCCUCAACUCGGACACGACCAAGACAACGGCCAUCUUUGCCCGACAGGAAGAGAUUGACGUAGUGGUGUUCGUGGUUUCUGCCGCCAACCACUUCACCCAGUCUGCCAAGGAGUUUAUUUGGGCCGCUGCCGCGGAGAAGGCCUACAUCUUCAUCGUCGUCAAUGGUUAUGACAACAUCAGAGACAAGAACCGGUGCCACAAGAUGAUCAUGGACCAAGUUUCUGGACUAAGUCCCCGAACUGCCAAGGAGUCUUCAGAGCUCGUCCACUUCGUUUCCAGUAACGCCAUUCCCCUCGGACCAUCUCCUCCUGGAGGACCCAGUGGUGGCAGUGGAAGCUCAAGUGGGGGUGGGGGUGGUGACCCCGGCGAUGGAGACGACAAGGGUAAGGGCAAGGAUCUCGACAAGAUCCGAGACUUUGAGGCCCUUGAGCAGUCGUUGCGCAGAUUCGUCCUUGAAAAGCGAGCACGAUCGAAGCUUGCCCCGGCGCGGACCUAUCUCCUCAACAUCCUCAAUGACGUCCACUCGCUAGCAACAGUUAAUCAGGAGGUGGCCCAGUCCGAGCUGCAACGAGUGACGCGGGAACUCAAGGAGCUUGAGCCUCAGCUGGAGUCAGGCAAAAAGGCAUGUUCCGAGGUUAGUGACCAAGUCGACAGGAACAUUGAGGACACCUGCAAGGACGUUUACGACCACACCCGCUCGACACUCAACUCUGCAAUCCUCCACGCAGGCAACACCCACUAUGAUGUUCCGUACCCUGGCCUCUUGAGCGCCUUCCAGUAUGCCGAGGAUCUCAAGGAGGCCAUGCUCUCACACAUUGCCGACUCGGUAUCCAUCUGUGAGGAGCACGCCCGUAACAAGACGGUCCAGGGCGUGAACGUCAUUAAGCAACUAGGUAUUUUGCACAUCGGCGAUGAAUUCCAGAACCUGCAAUUCCGCCCGAACGUCAUGUUCCAGCGCAAGCGCGACGCCCUUGCCCGCCAGGUACACAUCCCAACUCAGCUUGCGGACUUUGUCGACUGGACCACGCUUCUGCAGCAUCAGGAGAAAUACGCCGGCACCGGUAUGGCCCUGACUGUGGCUGGUGCUGUGGUCCCCCGGAUGAUUGGCAUGAGCACUUGGAUGGACCAGGCCGUCGCCGCCUCACGUGUUCUGAGCAACGACAACCUUCGCCAGCUCAUCCUCCCUGGAAUACUUGUGGCUGCCGUCGCCGCCUCAGCAUACAUCCUUCAGCAAAUUCCCAACUCGCUCCCUCAUACCCUUGCCAACAAAAUAUCCACUCAGCUUGCCGACCUCGACUACGUGCACUCCAACUCGGCUCGCAUCUCGUCCUCCGUCCGCAAGGUCCUGCGCCUCCCGGCCUCAAAUCUCCGCGUCAGCCUCGAGCAGAGCCUUAAGGACCUUGACCAAAAGCGCGACGACACUAUCAAGGUCAAGGGUGAGAGCGAGCGCGCAUCCAGCUACUUCUCUUCCCUCGUGCGCAAGACCGAGGAACAGCGCGGCACAGUCGAGCAUGUCGACUUGGAUGCCCCGCCCCCAGGCAUGCAUUAA